CUCAACUCCGAAGACCACCAGCUGGUUCUGCAGUAAAAGAACUGAUCAAUGUCAGAAAGUUCAGCAGCUUGACCAAGAUGACCAGAGUUAUCGCCUGGGUGUGGAGAGCUGCAAUGAAGUGGAAAGAAUUACUGGGCAAAACCCAAUCCACAAGUAAGCCAAAGUGGGAGGUGCUCUCAUCGGAAGAGCUAAAAUCCAGAGCAAAACAAGCUGCACUUACCAUCGGCGAGUAUGAAGAUGCUCAGAGAGACCUCUUCCUCGCAGCACAAGAGGGUGCAUGCUUCCAAGACGCCACCCUCAACAGACUGGCUGUGUACAAAGAUACAAAAACCGGACUCUUGGUCUGUGGAGGAAGAUUUCAGAUCUUUGAUGACGACAAAACCACUGUACCAAUCUUACCUUGUGAUGCGUGGGUAUCCUCUCUUCUGGCACAAGAAGCCCACAAUGCAAACCAUGAGGAAAUAGCAGGUACACUCCUGAGGAUGAGGAAAAAAGCAUGGGUCACAAGAGGCCGGAAACUGGCUCAGAAGAUUGUGGACAGCUGUGUGAUAUGCAGAAAGACCAGAGCUAAAAAGUGCCAACAAAUCAUGAGUGACCUCCCAUCCGAACGGAUUACACCAGCAAGACCAUUCGAAUUCACAACAUUGGAUCUAUUCGGACCUUAUGAAGUGAAGGAUGAAGUGAAGAAGAAAACAAGGCUCAAAGUAUGGGGGUUAGUCUUCUGCUGUAUGGCAUCCCGAGCUCUGCACACAGAUGUCGUAAGUGACCAGUCUUCUGAAGGUUUCCUGCUGGCCUACAAAAGAUUCACAGCACUAAGAGGUCAUCCAAAGAAGCUGUGGUCAGACCCUGGGAAAAACUUUGUGGGUGCCAGACCUGCGCUCAAUGACCUGUACACCUUUCUUGGCCAGCUACAAUCGCCAGAGGUUGAGAAUGAAGUCUCCAAGCAUGGGACAGAAUGGAGCUGGAAAAUUCACCCCGCUGAUUCCCCUCAUAGAAAUGGAGCUGCAGAGCCUGCUGUACGCACCGUGAAGCGCGCUCUGCACAACCUGGGAGGAGACGGGUGCUUUACCUGGAGUGAGUUCCAAACCUUCCUCUACAUGGCUGCAAACCUUGCCAAUGAGAGACCCAUAGAUGCCAGAACUCAAAGCCGAGAGGACUGUGUGGAGUACAUCAGCCCAAAUUCUCUUCUGCUUGGGAGAACAGGACCUAGAGGAGACCUCGGAAGCUUCGACUUUGAUGGCUACCCCUACAAAAGGCUAAGAGCAAUUCAAACAGAAGUUGACCGGUUCUGGAAGAAGUGGAGUCAGUUGGCGGGGCCCAAUCUAUUCACCAGGAGCAAGUGGCACACGACACACAGAAAUGUAGCCACAGGAGACAUUGUCUGGCUUGCCGACCAAAAUGCACUGAGGAGUCAGUACAAACUGGCCAGAGUCAUCAGCGUCAAUCCUGACAAGAAGGGCGUCGUCAGAGAUGUUCAUGUCCGAACCUUCCCCAGCUAUCCAGUCUCGACCAUGAAAUCUAACCAGAGGUCAACAAGAAACCUGAAAAUCAAAAUCCCCUCUACAGUUCUGCACAGGGAUGUACGACGGGUCAUUGUUCUAAUACCUGUUGAGGAACAAAAGAACACCAUCAAGGAAAGAGAAAACAACACACACUGACCAUCUACGACUCUUGUGACCUCUCUGAGUUUCACAACCGAGAGGUCAAGUGGGAGGUGUCACGCCAACUGACAAAAAAGCACAACCAAAACAUCAAAAACCUUUCAUUCACUUUGCAAACAAAACAAGUCUUCAGCCGGACCUACAGGGGGCAGUCAAUCAGUUCAACAACACCAGCAAAGCACUCCAACCACUUCCUGUCAAGAGGAGGAACUUCCUGUUAGACGGCCAUCUUAACCAUCAGUUCAACACAUGCUGUGGGAGACAAAGGAGGAAAGUUUGUGGAGAGCAAAAGCUUAAAGAAACAAACCAAACCAAGAAAACUAAAAUCCCUCAGUUCACCGUCAAACGCAACUGGUUUUCAACCUGCUGCUGAAUGACUGAAUGACCCCUUCAUCAACAAAACAAAGUUCAAUAAAACAUAAAAAGGGGAAAUCCUUGUCAAGAGUUGUUCCUUGCGUGACCAAGCCUCUUCAAGUGGAGCAUUAACUGGGG